AUGAGCUCGAACGACGUGCGCGAUAUUCUGUCGCUGCCGAACCGGCCGGCGGGCGAUGCGGGCCCGAGCCGCGCGCCUGUGCGUGCUCCGCCUACGCUUCCUGGCGAUGCACGACCGAAGCAGCGUCCAGAGGGCAUGUCGCGCGAGCUGUACGCUUUGCUGGGGCCCAAUGCCCCCAGCCUGGUCAUGAGCUCGGGGCCGAACGGCGCGCUGGCGACGCUCGAGGGCAUUGAGAACUCGGGGUACAGCGGCCAGCAUGCGUUCCAGCCCAAGUUUGUGCGCAAGUCGAACGCGGCCGCGGUGCGGAAGUGGACCUGGGCGCCGUUUCGGAAUCCGUCGCGGAGCGAUACCCAGCAGAGCGAGUCGAUCGCUGAGCCGACGCAGAAUGGGCUCGUGCUGCACCACUGGCGCCCCCUCGCGCCGACAGAUGAGGGGGAUGAGAGCGAGGCGCGCCUCGAGGAGCAGUGGACGCCGUUCAACACCGCCUCGCACGUCUUUCACUACUCUGCCGAAGAAUACAACCAGCACCUGCGCGACGACGACUGGACCAAGGACGAGACGGACUACUUGGUGGAAAUGUGCGAGGCGUACGACCUGCGCUUUAUCGUGAUCGCCGACCGCUACGAGUGGCCCGGCAAAGAGCGCAGCAUCGAGGACCUCAAGUCGCGCUACUAUACCAUCGCCCGGCGUCUCUUGCGCGAGCGCAUCAGCAACGAGGACCUCGAGACGCGCCAGGCACAGCUCCAGACCUUUGCCUACGACCGCAACCAGGAAGUGGAGCGGAAAAAGGCGGUGGAAAAGCUCUUUACGCGCACGCCCGAGCAGCUCGCGGAAGAGGAGGCGCUCUACGUCGAGGCACGGCGCCUCGAACAGAACGAGGCCAAGUUCUCCAAGGAGCGCGACGAUCUCCUGCGCCUGCUCGGCGGCUGGGAGACGCUGCCGAACUGCACGAACCGCACCGUGGCCGCGACGGGCGCCGGCCUGCUCUGGACGCCGGGCCAGGCCGAGGUCGACGGGGAUACCAAGAAACGCCGCAAGACCGACGGCGGUGCAGGAACCCCGACUGGGAAGGCCAAGGCGGACCCCAAACAGGCCUUGUUCGAUGCGCAGCACUUUAUUACUCGCUUUACGCCCAAUGCGCCCAAUGUGCUCCGCACCCCUUAUCCGAAUCUGAUCGGCACGCCCUCGGCGCUGCCACCUGUGGCGGGCGCGGGGGUGCACACCGCCCAGAACACCAAGGCGGAGAGCAACGCGCACCACGGCGCCUACCUGCGCUCGAUGCGUAUGCUCACCUUCCGCCCGAACCAGUACACGCGUGCGAUCCAGGCGCUUGCCGAGCUCCAUCCACCGAUUGGCUCGCGCUUGGUGUACCCGACGGCGACCAACGUCGAAAAGUGGGAGACGCUGCUGGGCGCGGUCGCCGGCGGCCUCGAGAUGAAGAAGCAGCUCGACCGUGUCGAAGCCGAAUACAAGAUCGCGCAGGCGCGGCUCGAGGCCUUGUCGUCCGGCAACCCGCUUCCGCCCCCGACCGAGGAGGUGAAGCAGGAGGCAGAGCCGGCCGCCAUGUCGGUCGACACGCCACAGCCGCCUGCGCUGGCGCCCUGA